AUGGAUAACCUUGGUGCACUACUGAGUAAUAACAUGACGUCGCAAGACUUGACAAUGCUCAUCAAUCAAUUGUUGAGUCAACAACAACUUCAACAACAACAAUCGCAACAACUACUUCAACAACAUCAACAACAUCAUCAAUAUCAACAACAACAACAACAACAUCAUCAAAUAAUGCAAGAGCCACAAGAACAAGAACAAGAACUACACUAUGACUCAAUGCAACAACAGCAGAGUAACUUUGAUAAUACAUUGUUCUCUGUUGAUGGAGGCGUGGCUCAAUGGCCAACUUCACUUAUGAGUGAGGAUAUGCUGUCGGCGGUCACCGGACAUUCUGACCUGAUCGAGCAACACCAGUCCCAGUUCAAGAUGAGACUGAGGAGUAGUGUCGAUGAUUUGUCCGACUCGGACGUCCAGCUCCUUAUGCUACAGGAGCAGAACUCCUUCCUCAAGUCUAUCCUCGACGGUUCCAAUGGUGGGCUAUCAAACUGUGGUGGAGGUGGUAAUGGUGAUGGCGGUGGCGGUGGCGGUGGCGUCAAUAUCCAGCCAACAAUGAGACAGGCCCAAACAGCCUCAUUUGAACCGAUACCUGAGUCACUUUAUAUCCCUCCACCACAACAAGCACAACAACAGCCACAGGCUACACUACAUCAACCUGUUGUCGCUGUUGCUGCUGCUGCUGCUGCACCACAACCUCUUCCUCCUCCCCAAACAUCUCAGGUGAUUGAGCGUCCACCUCAUCCAUCUGAUGUUGUACUCUUUGAAACUAUGCAUCAACAAACAUUGCCCUAUCAAUCAAUCAGCAAGCUUCAAUAUGAGACUGCAUGUCUUGCUCAAGAGUUGGAGCAACAAAUACAACAAAUACAACAACAAAAUCAACAUCAACGACAACAGCAACAACAACAACAACAACAAUCACAUCAACAACACCAAGUGCCUGCUCAACAGCAUGGACAUCAAAUCCAACAACAACAACAACAACAUAAUGAGAUUGUGAUCGACUCAUCUCCCUCCACAUCAUCCUCCUCAUCAUCAAACGACAACUCACCAGCAAUCAAUCAAUCAAAGCAAUCACAUCAACAUCAACAAUCACACCAACAACAAUCACAUCAAUCCCAACAACAUUCAGCACCAAAGACCAAGUGUAAAAGUAUCCAGAGCAAGGAUUACCGCCAGCGCAAGAAGGAUCACAUCUCAGUGAUUGAGCAAAAGCUCAAGGAGCUAUCGAUGGAGAACCAGCGAUUGAAACAGGAGAACAUGACCAUGAAGAAUGUGUCCUUGGCCGACAUGAUGCGCCCGGAUGACUUCCACCAAGCCACACUCGACUUCCAGGCGCUCCUGGUGAAGCUGGCCCAGAACGUCAUCAACAACAACAACUGCAGCGACAAGUCCAUCGAGUACCUGUUGCAGUUCUUUGAGUUCUCGUCCAAGCUACGGUCCACUGUUGUCGAGCGCGACAUUGAAAAGGUGAUCAAUCCGACAAUCCAGGCCAAGCUCUACUACCUCGGCUAUCGGCCAUCGGCCGAGAUCUCUGUGAUAUGUGGCAACCCGAUGGUGACGACCAUGUGGUGGCCCAGCUUCAUGGAUCAGGUGGGAAUCAAUGAGCAACAGCGCAAUGUGAUCGAGUCAUUAUGGAAACACUACGCCAAGAUACAGGCCGAGUUGAAGGAUGAGCGCGAUCAACUGGACGAGGAGAUUAAGAAGAUGAUACCCAUUGCCAAGAGGACACGAGAGUUUGAUCCUAACCUCUUCAACAAUGGAUAUGGACUCUAUCAGCAACAGCCCCCACUGCAGACACUCCCAUCAAUCACAUUGGACAUUGUUGGCAACAGUGUCAGUGCCAACACCAAGCCUGCGCAGGCCAAUCAACCGUAUGGCUUGCCCAAUCGCCAGGCGCCCGUGCCAGGCAAGGCACCUCCACACGACAGCGACCGAGCAACAUUGACCGUGGCUCAGGUGUUGGAGUUUUGUGAGAAGCUCGAACGCAUGAGGAUGAACUUUAUCCGACACAGACAGAACAUCUGCUACGUGGACAUGGCCAUCACCAAGAUAUUGACACCCAUUCAGAAUGCCAAGCUCAUUCUUCAGGUGCACAAGACACCGUUUAUGGACAUUGCACUGGUGGAUCAGAUCACAAUGGUGUGGGGCAAGCUCUACGAGUCGCCAGACUCAAUAUCCAAUCUCAUUCCAAAGUCUGACUAUAAUGGUGUCGAUGCAAAGUUCAACAUUUUGGACAACAGUGAUCAUCAGUAUGAUAAGCUAAAGUCAGUGUACGAGACACUCUAUCAAUCAUUCUCAACACUUGAGCCAUUGAAGUCACAGGUCAUCAACAACACUUCAUCAUCAUCCUCAACAUUGGACAAGUCAUCAGACUAA